CUUUUUUUUUCUCUCUCUCUCUCUCUCACUCUCUCACUCUCCCCAACACACAUACAAAUCCACACACUCCUCCACAGCUGUUCUUCCACAGAGGCAGAACCAUGAAGGUGCAGAGCGCACCCACCACCAGGACCCUCACCUCCUAAACAUUACACACACACACACACACAUUUUGCCAUGGCCGUGCUUCACACCAGCAGCACCAACCUCACGCGCAACUUCACCAACCAGUUCGUGCAGCCCCCGUGGCGUGUGGCACUCUGGUCGGUGGCGUACAGCUCCAUCCUGGCCGUGGCCGUGUUCGGGAACCUGGUGGUGAUGUGGAUCAUCCUGGCACACAAGAGGAUGCGCACCGUCACCAACUACUUCCUGCUGAACCUGGCCUUCUCCGACGCGUCCAUGGCCGCCUUCAACACGCUGGUGAACUUCGUGUACGCCACGCACGGGGACUGGUACUUCGGAGAGGCGUACUGCAAGUUCCACAACUUCUUCCCCGUCACCUCCGUGUUCGCCAGCAUCUACUCCAUGACUGCUAUAGCCGUGGACAGGUACAUGGCCAUCAUCCACCCGCUGAAGCCCCGGCUCUCAGCCACCGCCACUAAAGUGGUGAUUGUGUGUAUCUGGUGCUUGGCGGUGGUUCUGGCCUUCCCGCUCUGCUUCUACUCCACCACCAGAACCCUGCCUCAGAGAACCAUCUGCUACGUCGCCUGGCCAAGAUCAGCCCAGGAUUCGUUUAUGUACCACAUCAUCGUGACAGUGCUGGUGUACGUGCUGCCCCUGGUGGUGAUGGGAAUCACCUACACCAUAGUGGGGGUGACACUGUGGGCGAGUGGAAUCCCCGGAGACUCAUCAGACAACUACCACGGGCAGCUACGUGCCAAGAGGAAGGUGGUAAAGAUGAUGAUUGUGGUAGUGGUGACGUUUGCUCUGUGCUGGCUGCCUUUUCACGUCUACUUCAUUGUGACUGGUCUAAAUAAGCACUUAAACAAGCUGAAGUCCAUCCAGCAGGUUUACCUCACUGUGCUCUGGCUGGCCAUGAGUUCCACCAUGUACAACCCAAUCAUCUACUGCUGCCUUAAUAGCAGGUUCAGAGCAGGCUUCAAAAGAGCCUUCCGCUGGUGUCCUUUCAUCCGCGUAUCGAGCUAUGAUGAGCUGGAGCUGCGCACCACCCGCCUCCAUCCCCGCAACCAGAGCAGCAUGUGCACGCUGUCCCGGGUCGACACCAGCGUCGAAGGAGACGACCCCCGCCAGAGCCACCGGAAGAGCACCAAGUCUCAGCACCAAACCGAGGUCAACGGAGCUAAAGAGAACCCACCACCCACCACCAAAAACGGCCAUUACAGCGAACCCAACUUCGCCUCCGAGCAGUUGAACUGAGGGACCAGGGGAGAUACCGUAACUUCUCCCAUUGGUUGGCCUGGUCUUUGGGUCCAGGGUGCGGGAAACCAACAUCUAAUGUAGAUACUGUUUCACAACAUUCCAGCUAGCAGAGAAAGUUAUAAGAAUGUUUAGCAAUGUUUUGAAAAGGUUCCAGGAAGGUAACGCAAACAUUUUUGUCCAUUACACAUUUUGUACAGAGGCCUAGUUUGCAUUAAAGCCUAUUAUCUGUCAUCCUUUUUUUAAUUUUGUUGUACAGCUGAAAAACUUUACUUUCCCACAAUAGACAAUAACAGUCUAUUGUUGUGUUAAGAAAGAAAGGCUUCUCAAUAUGAAAUAUUGCAAAGAAACUUAAAAUAUCUUACCAUGCACCAAAUAACUGUUAACUACUCCCUUCAGAGUGCAGCACAUGGCCCUUACAUGGCUAGAAAAAGGAGUGGGAGGCCCCGAUGCACAACUGUGCAAGAAGAUUUUUUUAUUACGUAUGUUGUUGUUUUUUUUUCUUAGCAAUUCUGUCACUCUGACUCUCAUUUAAAAGCUUGUGAGGCGUUGUUUGUCUUAAACAGCACAUGCUAAAAUUCUAAUACCUGAUAACAAGACUAUAAUCAAAGUAGGCCUUGGUACAAAACAAACAUUUAGUUUUUUAAUGCAAACACUGUCCUUCUUUAAAAAUCAUCUGAUACAAGUAAAUAAAUUGUAAUGGACAUAAAUAUUUGUGAAUUUCAUGAAAAUGAGCUUUUCUUUGAAAAAAUAAGGAAAUUUGCAAGAGAUCAUAACUUUUAAGCACUACUAUACAUGAAAAAAAUACAGUAUAUAUAUAUAUGUAAAUUCUAGGAUACAUUCCCAUUAAAACCUGAGGUCAUGGAUAAAUAUCAUUAUCAUUGUUAAAUCUAUAAAUGUCAGUGGGUCAUUGUGCAAAAAGCAGUAUAUAGACAUAUUUUUGUCCAACAUUUAUAUCUGAUCCUGAGUCAGACAUGAUGAAUGUAUUAGAACACAAAGGCAUAUCAAUAUACAGUAUGAUCAUAAUUUAUUAUAUGUAUUAAAUGCAUGCUGUGACGUAUUUAUGAACAUGUAUGUACGAUGUAUGUAUGUACAGAUGUCGUUCAGUAUGACGUUUUUUUUUUAUAUGUGCUUUAAACAGAGAAUAUAUAAUGUAACUAAAUAUACACUGUACAGUGUCCAAAAGUAGCAUUGGGCAUGGUGGCUCUAGACCUCUUAUUCUAUUGGCGAUGCUUUUCUGUGGGAUUGUGUUCACAACUGAACCAAGGGACCCAUGAAAGUCUGUGACUGUAUCAAUAUGAAGGGCUUUCUGCACUUUUGGACAUAUAUGUGUAUAUUCUUUAUAUGAAAAUAUACUGUAUA